UCUUGCCUGAUUCCAACCAGUCUCGAGCCUCGCGUCUAUGGUUGCAGAUCGCGUGGCGAGUACUUACGAGAUCGACGAAAAUUCACGAAUGGGAAGAAGAAGAAGAAGAAGAAGAAGGAGAGGCAGAAGAUAAAAAAAGGAAGAUCAAACGAGACGGGCGACGAACGAACGAACGGAUUGUGCAGUGUCAAGGAUAAUUUUGAAAAUUCAAAGUAGUACGUCAAUAAUUGUGGAAAUUUAAACGAGACUCUGUUGUCGUUACGAGGAAAAAAAAAUUUGAAUGCAACUGGGGUCCUUUGUUUCAUUAUGCUGAGAAUUCACUUUGAAAGAAGAUUAAUGAGCUUUUAAUUGUUAUCUUGAUAAGGAUGCUGGGACCGUGGCUGUUAUCUUGUACUGGGAAGAUCGACCGAUACACACGCUUAAGGUGGACGCGAUAAUGACAAGGUUGAUGAAUUAAUUGUUUAGAGGAGGGAUUAGGAAUAUUUUGUAAAUAAUUUGCAUUAUUUAGUUGUUGUUUUGACGUAUUUUUUGGGGAAAUUUUUAAUAAAGUACACGCUUCGUUGUUUAUCUUUAGUCAUUUUGGUUUAACAGAGCGUAUAUUGAAUUAGAGUCAUUCGAAGCCAUUAAAGAAAGUCUGUUUAAUAAUUAUUUUAAAAAUUGUUUGUUAUAAAAAAAUUGUUAUUUUUUAUUAUCUUUUCUACUUCUCUUCGAGGAGAAUACCGUGGCGAAUACCCAAAAUGGUAUAGCCACGUGAACGCGACGAGUUGUCACGUGCAAAAGUUGAUCUGUCCAAUUAAUUGCAUUAAUUAGCAUCGAAUAAGUCAAUAAGCAAUACGAAUAGAAACGCGUCCAUACAAAAGCACUCUGACUUCAAUCAUCAGUUUGAGUACUCUAUAAUUUUCAAAUAAAACGAACGAGAGAAAGUGCUGUGUAAAAGGAAGAUUUAAAGAAAGAUAAUAAUAUAAUAAAAAACAGUUUUUCCCUCCUCACUACCUCCCAGUGCAGUAAUUAACGCAGCAUCCCAUUUUUUGGAUACAUCAAAAUAAUCUUGCUUCUUCUUCCUUGGAUAACAACAUAUUCAAACAGCAGCCAUGGACUGGCGGGGGACAUUGCUGAUUUUAUUAUUGGUGUCAAUCGAAAAGCACUGCACAACGCACGCCGCACAGAUACCUGUCUUACCGACUUCCACUGUCGCCGUAGCGAGUAACGUGCAGAUCGAAUGCGCCAGCGAAUCGAUAGUCGUUCAUAUAUCGACUAAAGGUAAUAUCGAUUUUCAUGGGCUGGUUUAUCCACGCGGACUAUCGAAGAACAGCUCUUGCCUACAGGAGUACAGGAGUCAGCCAACUCCUAUCACGUACACACUGCCAUUAAGAUCCUGUAACACGAUGCCUACGGAAUUGGACGACGGUGGAAUUGAAUAUUUCAAUACGAUCGUCGUGCAGCCUCACUUGAAACUGGUUACUAAUCAGGGCAGAGGAUUCCACGUGAGGUGCAGAUACCAAACAAGAGACAAGGUCGUGACGAAUGAUCAGACCCAAGUGGCUAUGUUGCAGUCCUUGCCACUUCAGGCCACAGCACCUAUGCCAGGAUGUACCAUGAAAAUUUUCAGCGGAGAUCCUACCCAGCAUCAGGUUGCUGAGAAUGUCAAGAUAGGCGAUCCACUUACUCUCGUUAUCAGUAUUGAUAAGCAGGAGAUGUACGGCCUCAAGAUAUCGGAUUGUCUGGUGCGCGAUGGACUCGGUUGGGGGGAGCAGCGAUUGAUUAACAACGAAGGAUGUCCAGUGGAUGGUGAAAUUAUGGGCCAGUUUACAUACAGCGACGACAAGACGGAGGCCAUGGUGAACUUUCAGGCCCACAAAUUUCCCUAUACAGCCAGUGUCUAUUAUCAAUGUAACGUCAGACUGUGCGUCAAGCAAGGUGGUGGCUGUGGUAAUACACCACCUCACUGCAACGGUUUGAGAAGACGUCGCGACCUGUCCGACAAGACUGACGGAAAGGACAUUGACGGUGCGGAUGGUGGUACACCUGCGACCAUAGAGGUUUACAGUGGUCUCUAUGUGAACGAAGCUUCGGACGUAGCAACCAAGACGGAUUACACUGACGAAGUAUCUCGAGAAAGGACUAUCGACGACCCAAACAGUAUCUGUAUAUCGCAAAAGAGUUUCGCCGUUGGCAUUGCCAUUGCUGGUUUGAUACUCAUGCUGGCCGUCGUGGCUGCUAUAUUGGUUCUACUCGCCAGGAGAAGACACAAGAGCAUCUCGACUACAGGCUCAUCCAUUUACAGUGGACCUUAUACGAAUACUGCCUACAGUCACAGUAGCUAAAUAUACAGAUUUUUAGGUAUACAGAGUCGCCUGGCUUCCAGGAUACAACGAUGAACGUACUAUAUGUCAUCCUGACUGUGUAACAGGACUCCUGGAAUUCAAAUAGAUAUUGCUCAAGCGCCCAUUGCUUUCAGGUCUGAGAUAGCGAUUACGUCAUGUCGCCCUUAUGACUUUUAUAAGGACCAAAUUGUACAUCCCUCCUAGCCGAAAUCUUGGACUGUACGUAUCAUCGCACGUGUCUCUUCUGAGUCGUCCCAUUAUUUUUUCUCUUUCUCGUGAUCUUGGCUUGUCUCUUUUUUUGCAUCUCAGGCUCGUCAAAAAUCUUGAGAAAAUUCAAUGACAGUUCUUAUGAGGAAUAAUCGUAUGAUCGCCCGACCUCGUCUACGGCGUGUGAUCGUCACCCUGGGAUAUCUAAACACGUUUGGGAUAUAUGGACACGUCUCUUGAUACCAACCCCCCCCCCCCUUACUUCUUUACGUUCAGUAGAGAUUUCGAAAAUACAUUUCUUUUUGCAUAACUGCAUAUGCACUCUUUAUAUACUUAGAAUCCUAUGCAUAUAGUUUACUUAGAUAUACGUUUUAAUGUAUACUAGUCCGGUAUACUCUGUCCUAGCUAACAUGUCAAAAGUGAAAUUUACAACAAAAAAAUAUUGUAAAAGAUACACAUCCCUGUUCGCCCAUGUAGCACUAAACAUGCACACGGAUACGCGCUUACCGUUUGGUAACAUUAUUAAUUAAUUUAACUUAAUUAACAAGUGGAGACUCAUCAUCCUAGAUUUCAAGUAUUAAGUCAAAAUACCCACGACACGUUUUAAUCCAAAAAAUCAAAUGCUUCGAGCGAUAAGUGAAAAAAAAUUACCUGUUGCUGUUUUUAAAACAAUUUCUUUUUUUUUACGUAUCCUUUUCUCUCUCUCUCUCUCUCUCUCUCUCUUGCCUUUGUGUCUAGCUUCUGGUACAAGAGACAAAAAGAGACACAGAGUAUGUGAGAAAGGGGAUAAAUGUUAGAAUGGCAACUUUAAGGUUGCACGGGAUACCUUGGUUAUUAUGUGCUUCCAUUAAAUGGAUACGUACUUGUAUGUAAUCUAAUUAAUAUUACACGUUAAACGAGUAUUCCAUUGGAGGUAUAGAAUACGAAAAUAUUUUUUUACAAAAAAAACUGUCAUUAAAAACAAAGAUUUUUUCUCGAUGACCUACUCCUCCAAUGGAGUCCUUGUAUCCAGGGACGAACGAUCCUUCGAGUGCUCCCCCGAUUAAAAGUCUAUCGGUUUUGCGAAUCGCAUAACGCUUAAAUAAAUAAAUAUCGUUAAUUAGUAUAUAAUUAAGUGAGGAUGAAACAGGUGCUGUCCCGUAACGUCGUUCGUGCAUUCCUGCUGUGCGUAUGGUGUUAUAAAAAUGGCCCAGGCGAUUCUGUCAGGAUUUCAAUAGCUCCGUCUAUCGCGUUACAUUAUUAUUAAUAAUACUGUAGUGAAGAAACGAGAAACAAAAGACAGAAUCUCGCGGGCGAUUGAACGCACAGGAAUGUCAAAAUGCACCUCAGCCUAUAAACUAGAUUUUAAAAAAAAUGGAGUACACGUCACAAACACAUACAUCAUGCAUACGUUAUUGCAUCUAGCAAUGACGUGUGCAAACUGGGUCCAAAGUUCAUGGGUGAUGGUUUUUAUACAUAGAUACAGACUUAACAGUGACACAGAGAAAAAUAAUGGAGAACCGAUAAACGUUGAGGUUUGAAAGAAAAAUUGUAAAAGGGCGCUAGUAUGCUGAGGUUUGUGGUAUGAUUUUUCUUUAAAUUGACAAGUGCGAAUGAUAACCUUGAUAAAAGUGAUAAAAAAGCCACGUACACACAUACGCCCUUGUCUUAUGGUACUUGCCAGUGUGACUGGCAUUACUGUUAUAUUGUGCAAUUGGCUGGAGAACAGCUGGCGGAGAGAAAACAUAAAAUGUGAAAAUUUUUAGCGGUUAAGAAGUGACGUGUAACGUGGGCUAGAUUUUUGGGCUAUGGAUCACUGCUAUUUUUCUUUUUAAAUGAAUCAAUAGUCUGAUCCAAUGGCGCGAAACUGGCAUUGGUUCAAAGUGACGUUGGAGACACGAACGCUUGUAUAGUUUUUUUUUUCUUCAUUUAUAUUUGCUGUUUCAUUUUGUCCUUUUUCUUCUCUUUGCUUUCCUUUAUUCUGCUUGUAUUUUUUUUUGUUCUAUUUCUAUCUGUACUUUCUUUUUUCACUUGUGUAUAACGACACGUCUCGCAACGUUGCUCUGGACCCUUGUCAAAAGACAAUGGAAUUUAAAAAUGAAAUAUGGGUGAAAAGUUAAAAUGCGAGAAUCUCUUACAACGAAAUUUUCUGUACAUAACGAGACACUUAAUUAAUUACGAAGCAAUUAAAAAUCGUUUAAGAAGUCGACUAGCUGCCGUCUAGGAUAUAGUUAAGCGAAUGCCAAGCGUCCUCUUGUUUAGGUUUCUUUUUUAAUAAAAUAAUUGUUUAAUUUACUGCCUUUUCAUCGACGGUUACUAUUAUUCUCUUCACUGAGACUCAACGAGUCUAUACAUCAGGACGCUUUGCAAAUGCUUCAAUAUUUUUUUUCAUUUGUCUGUUAAAAUCGGGCGUCCCGACGUCUCUUUUACUUAAGGAUAUCCUCGGGACGUCUGUACGCUUGGGAGACACGAAAUGUACUGUCUCUUAUCCGUCAGACUAAUUCUGUCGACGUAUUUGUUCUGUGCAAAAGCUGAUCGAUACUGAUCGUCAUUAGCAAGCUAAUUGUCCAUUUUAAUAAUUAAUAUUCUAAUAAAACGACAGUAAAACAUAAAUUGAACGUCGCAAUCUAUUUAGUCCAUCGUCCGACACCUCUAAGAACAACGAGAGUGAGUAACAGCAAGAAAAUACAAGAAUGUGUAAUAAAAACUCAAAAAGGAGAAUUCAAAAUAAAUUGGAACGAAGUGUGAUAAUUUAUCAAACGAGA